CAGAGUCUGACAGGCUGAAAGCCAACAUGAUGGAGAACGAGGAUUACACACUCCUGCACAGUGAGGCCUGGGACAAGCUGCUCAGCUGGUACGGCCAAACACAGGGGCAGCAGCCAAUCGAGCGCAAGCUGUUGUCUGUCUUUCUCUCCAGGUUAUUAGACUGUCUAGUCUGAAGGUGGAGGUCUAUCCUGUCGAGCUGGCUCUGUGUCAGUACAGCAACAUGGAUGAACUUGUGACUGUCUCGUUCAGCAGGGCUGAUACUAUUGACAAGAUUCACAAGGAGAUGCGGAGGAUGUUCCAGGUGCCGCCGGAGGAAGAAAGCCGCCUGUGGAUGAGGAACUCGGACAGCUCGUGUGAAAGGCUGAGGAACCCCCAGAGUAACGUCAACAGCUCGUGCCUCUGCUCGGGACAGACUCUGAUCAUGGAAUCACGCAAUGAGGACGGGACCUGGCCGACAGUGAGACCCCAUGUCACGCGAAACUUGCUGGAUGGACAGGGUUCGUACUAUCAGGGCCAGCCUGGUGUUUGUGGCUUGAGUAACCUUGGGAACACCUGCUUCAUGAAUUCUGCCCUCCAGUGUCUCAGUAGUACACCUCCCCUGACGGACUAUUUCCUCACUAACGGCUAUGUCGAGGAAUUAAACCUGGAUAAUCCUCUGGGGAUGCAGGGGGAGAUUGCGGAAGCUUACGCUGAUAUCAUCAAGCAGAUCUGGUCAGGCCGUCAUUACACAGUCAUCCCUCGAAUGUUCAAGACCCGAGUGGGACAUUUUGCCCCCCAGUUCUCAGGUUAUCAGCCUCACGACUCGCAGGAGUUGCUGGCGUUUCUGCUCGAUGGACUGCACGAGGACCUGAACCGAGUGAGGAGGAAAGAGUACGUGGAGCUGAAGGACGCAGACGGGAGGGAGGAUGAGGUCGUCGCUGUGGAAGCCUGGACCAAUCACAGGAGGAGAAAUGACUCCAUCAUCGUUGACAUCUUCCAUGGCCUCUUCAAGUCCACGUUGGUGUGUCCGCAGUGUCGCAAGAUCUCGGUGACGUUUGACCCUUUCUGCUACCUCAGUGCCCCCCUGCCCGUCAGCCCUGAGAGGGUGCUCGAGAUCUUCCUGGUACCCAUGGACCCGCAAUCCAAACCCAUCCAGCACAGAGUGGUCGUUCCAAAGACAGGGAAACUCUGGGAUCUUUACCUCGCACUGUCGAAGCUGUCGGGAAUCCCUCCGGACAAGUUACUGGCAGCCGAUGUCUUCAAUCAUCGUUUCUACAAACUCUUUCAGCGCCAAGAUUUGCUCAGCUCCAUUCUGGACCGGGACGAUAUCUUCGUUUUUGAGGUGACGAGCAACAUGGAGGAUGAGGACGACAGUGACGAUGUGAUCCUGCCCAUCUAUUUCAGGGAGAAGAUGAGUUACCGAGAUUACAGCACCUCCACAUAUAUGUUUGGUCAUCCACUACUGGUAUCAGUCCCAAGGUCCCACCUAUCCUGGGAAGCUUUGUAUGAGCUUCUCCUCGAGCGACUCGCACGGUAUGUGUCACGCCCCACAUCAGAAGACGAGGAGGAGGAAGAGGAGAAUGACGAGGAAGACGAAGAAGACGCAAAGGAGGAUGGAGAACAAGAGACAUACCAACAGCAGACAAACGGACUGGGUGAAGGUGAUGAAGGGGUUAUUAACUCACCGACACCCACGCCAGCCCGUGACCCCGAUGCGACCCCCGAACCUGACGGCAGUGACCGUGGUGCCUGUCCGGGAGGAGCGGACAGGGUCUCGACCCCGGAGCCAAGAGGGGGGCGCUUGGAGCCAGAGGGGGAGUGUGAGGUGGGCAGCCCCUCCCCAGAGAAGAGGCCCUUAAAGAAGCGCAAAGCCCGGGGGUCCCGAAGACCCCUCUUCACUUUCCAGAAUGUCAAUGCUAAUGGGGUGACCGAGCGAGGGGCACAGGACAGGAGCAAAGUCAACUUCAACCCUCAACUGUACAUCGCCCUGGACUGGGACAGUGACAUGAAGAAGCGGUACUACAACGAGAUUGAGGCUGAGAAGUACGUGAAGGAUCGCAGCAUGGGGGUGAUGCCCGCCAAAGCCUCGGUGACCUUGACCGAGUGCAUCGAUCUGUUUACAACGAAGGAGACACUGGAGGAGCAAAACCCCUGGUACUGCCCAGCCUGUAAGGAGCACCAACUGGCCACCAAGAAGUUUGACCUGUGGUCACUGCCCGAGGUCCUGAUCAUCCACCUCAAGCGUUUCUCGUACACCCGGCUCUGGAAGGAGAAGCUGGACACUCUGGUCGAGUUCCCGCUCAAGGACCUGGAUCUCUCCGAUUUCCUUAUCAAUCCCAAGGCUAAAAACUCCAAAUACGACCUGAUUGCUGUUUCGAAUCACUAUGGAGGACUUCGAGAUGGACACUAUACGACAAUUGCCAGGAACAAAGAUGACGGUCAGUGGUAUUACUUUGACGAUAGUAAGGUGACAUUUGCAUCGAUGGACCAUAUCGUGAGCAGCGCUGCCUACGUGCUGUUCUACCAGCUACAGGAGAAGAUCAACCAGCCUGCAGAGCCAGUCGCCUGUCCGAGCUGCAGCCCCCAGGAUGAGAAGCCAGCUCCACCAGCCGACGAGGAGACGAUGGAUCUGGACUGACCGACUCCUCCCUCGGGACUGGAAACGUCCCGCUCUCGUAUCUCUUUCCCACCCCCCCCACCGACCCACCAUCGGUAACCAGAGCGAGACCCUCCCACCUGCCCC